AUGACUUUAUUUGCAGAUAAUUUGAUGCAAACAAGGUUUUUUUAUUCUUUGCAGAACAUAUCAUUCAGUGAUCAGAACAUAUAAUUCAAAAUUUGAAACCCCUGAUUUUGCACUUAAUGGCAAUGCUAUCAUUAUCACAAGCUAACUUCAUAUCAGUUACAUGUCAUAUAUAAUUUUGGCUACAUUCUUAGGUUUUCCUUUUGCCUUUCCCGACGUUGAGUAAUUUUGGCUGUUCUCUAUUUGGAGUAGUUAUGAGAAGUUCCUAUAUAUUUCAUAUCAGUUACAUGUCAUAUAUAAGUUGUUAAUUCUUGUGGUUCACUAUGUUUCUCAUGAUUACUCUUGUCAACCGAACACAUUAUAUGUUUGUUGACUCACAUGGUGAUCCUCAAGCAUAUUGCUUUCUUUAUGCCAUCUAUUUACAGGCUCAAGAUAACAUUAUGAACCUUCCAUUAUUAAAUGGUUGGGGUGAAGUGGAAAUAUGUUGAGGCAAAGGCUGCUGCAUAUUACUAUCAUGGUUUGAUCCUUGAUGAGGGUAACACAGAAAAAUUUCAUGGGAUGGCUGUAGCUGCUUUGCAAGCAGCAGAUGAGUAUUUCAAAGAAAGUAAGAAGGCAUGCGAAGCAUUUAACGCUGCUCCCCCUUUGUCAAGAAAUUCACCGCUCUGGGGAACCAUGAAGUAUCUAUCUGAGAAAAUUCCAAAAGAUGCUUCAAGCAAAGUGCGGAUAAAACGUGAUCUGUACUCGCACAAAAAGUAUGUCCUGCCUGAGAGAACUAUUACCAAUAGUAUUUUGUUUAUGCCUAAAUGCAAUCUCCUCUUCACUCUUGGCAUCCCUAAUUUCAAUCUCAAUGUUCUUGGUUGAUGAUACAUAGAACAA